GUGAGCAGAGCUGAGGUUAGAUUGUAUGGAGCAUUAUCUCGCCUGUCUUUUUAUAGUUACGAUAUACAGCCAUGGAGCAGGUGCGUGGAUAGACAUCCGACUGAAUGAAUAAGCAAAUCCCUCCCUACUCCUUCCUAUUGACCGCCGCUACCUCAACUGUAUCGGCUAAGAAAUUACAUCCAAAGGUACCAUGAGAGGUAUGACUGGACCAACAGCGGUUUACUGGUUUGUGGACUACCUUGGUUUGAGAUGGACUGCAUCCUAGGUGUCAUUUCCAGACGUCGUCCGCGCCCGGUUUAAAUUAGUUACUGGUUUAUUUGUUGCGCGUUUGAUCAUGUUCAACACGUUGCCUGGCAGCGAGGCUGGAGCGGGUCACAGGUUCACUACACCUAUAAUUUAGGAUGAUGCCUCCUGGCCACAACAUCUUCGUCUCAGCCCUUCAUCCUCACCCUACCUGCAGAGAUCAAACACCUCCCCGGCUGUCUGAGACGUCCAAGGCCCUCACCAUCCUCCUUGUUUGUUUGUCUGCCUGAGUUCCCGGAGGUGAUGCGGCGGUUUGUUUACUGCAAGGUGGUGUUGACCACCUCCUUAGUGUGGGUGCUGGUCGACGUGUUCUUGCUGCUGUACUUCAGUGAAUGUAACAAAUGUGAUGAGAGGAAAGAUCGCUCUCUGCUCCCUGCCCUCCGAGCAGUGAUAUCUCGAAGCCACGAGGGUCCGGGUGAGAUGGGUAAGGCAGUAAACAUCGCAAAAAACGACCAGGAGAAGAUGAAGGAGCUCUUUAAGAUUAACCAGUUUAACCUGAUGGCCAGCGACAUGAUUGCGCUGAACAGGAGUCUACCAGAUGUGAGGUUGGAUGGUUGUAAGACCAAGGUGUACCCAGAUGAUUUGCCCAACACCAGCAUCGUCAUCGUGUUUCAUAACGAGGCGUGGAGCACCCUGCUGCGGACCGUCCACAGUGUCAUCGACCGCUCCCCGAGGGACCUACUGGUGGAGAUUGUGCUGGUGGAUGACGCCAGUGAACGAGACUUUUUAAAGUUGAAGCUGGAGACUUAUGUUCAGACUUUAGAGGUGCCGGUGAAGAUACUGAGGAUGGAGCAGCGCUCAGGUCUGAUCAGAGCCCGGCUUAGGGGGGCGGCCGUCACCACAGGUCAAGUCAUCACCUUCCUCGACGCUCACUGCGAGUGCACCGAGGGCUGGCUGGAGGCCCUGUUGGCUCGUAUCAGAGAGGACAGAAGAGCAGUGGUGUGCCCUAUCAUAGAUGUCAUCAGCGAUGAAACGUUUGAGUACAUGGCGGGCUCAGAUAUGACUUAUGGAGGGUUCAACUGGAAGCUGAACUUUCGGUGGUACCCAGUUCCCCAGCGGGAGAUGGAUCGACGCAAAGGAGACCGAACACUCCCAGUCAGGACUCCCACCAUGGCAGGAGGUUUAUUCUCCAUAGACAAAACAUAUUUUGAAGAAAUUGGAAGCUAUGAUCCAGGGAUGGAUAUAUGGGGUGGAGAAAACCUGGAAAUGUCUUUUAGGAUCUGGCAGUGUGGCGGCUCCUUGGAAAUCGUAACAUGCUCACAUGUGGGGCACGUUUUCCGCAAGGCCACUCCGUACAGCUUUCCUGGAGGAACAGGCCAAGUUAUCAACAAGAACAACCGACGGCUGGCCGAAGUCUGGAUGGACGAAUUCAAAGACUUCUUUUAUAUCAUCUCACCAGGGGUGAUGCGGGUGGACUACGGAGACGUCUCCUCCCGCAAGUCUCUGAGAGAGGCCUUGAAGUGCAAACCAUUUUCCUGGUAUCUAGAGAACAUCUAUCCAGACUCCCAGAUCCCAAGAAGAUACUACUCACUUGGUGAAAUCAGAAACGUGGAGACAAACCAGUGUGUGGACAACAUGGGAAGAAAGGAGAACGAGAAAGUUGGCUUUUUCAACUGUCACGGCAUGGGUGGAAAUCAGGUCUUUUCCUACACGGCAGAUAAAGAAAUCCGAACGGAUGACCUCUGUUUGGAUGUCUCCAGGCUCAACGGACCUGUCAAGAUGCUCAAGUGCCACCACAUGAAGGGCAACCAGAUGUUUGAGUAUGACGCAGAGCAACUCACGCUACUCCACGUGAAUAGUAACCAAUGCUUGGACAUGCCGUCUGAGGAGGACAAGAUGGUCCCCACCCUGAGAGACUGCAGCGGCAGCCGCUCCCAGCAGUGGCUGCUCCGUAACAUGACCCUGAGCAUCUGAUCCAUCACUUCAUCAUUCCCCCCUCCUCCUCCUCCUCCUAACCUAUCCUGCCAUACACACCUUCACCAGGUGGCUCUUAACACACAACGUAUGCUUCCUCCUGUAGCUGCGUGGCCACCAGUCACAGAAAUGCUGGGACGCAGCAGAGGCUUAACCUCAUCUGUGGAGUCGUAUCCUGUUACGGCUUGCCUCAGGUUUAAGUGAGGCAGCACCUGCCUUUCCGAUCACGUGGUGAGGUGUUGCUUUAGGCCGUUUCCAGGCUGGAAGAACGACCCGUGGGGUCGAAGCAUGAAGAACAUGGAAAGAUUUGCUUGUAGAUGCUGCUCUGCUGGAGGUUGAAUGAGUAAACAGCAUAGCUGGUAAAAUAUUAAAAUCUCCAAAUAUGGUUUGCAAUGUUAUUUGGUGCAUAGGCUGUUGGUAAAAUCUUAUCAACACAGCUGGUUUGCUGCUCAUCUUUUUUAACAUCACUGUCUGCUUUGCUCAGAUAAAAAAAGGUUUAACCUAGGAUUGCUAGGAUGGUUUCAGUUCAGAAAAUAUGGUGACAGCGCAUGCGGUGGUAUUUUAUUUUUUGUUUACUUUGGUUUUAAAAUAAAACUGGAGCUAUUUGUUGCAUUGAUUAUCUUUUUCAAAAACAAAGGGCCAUAUAUUCUGGGAGCUGCAGGUGUUUCCCAUCACAGCAGUAGCUGUUGUCAGAGGGUCAACAUCAACACUGUGGGAGGCAUGCUGUCAAACCUCUACCCUCUCUGACACUGACACAAAUCUGUGGCAUAUUUUUUCUUCCUCUUGCAUUUGACAGGACUCUACUGUAAAUGUGCUCAUUUUAGAAGGGGUAGCAUGCAGAGAUGAUUAGUUUCCUGUCAGAAACUGGAAACCUAUGAUCAGAUGUUGACCCAUGAAAUUGUAGCCAUAAAACACGCAAAUCUAGGAAAGGUGGUUCAUAAAAAACUCUUGUUAAAUCAUUAAAUAAAUGUGAUUAACCACUUUUUUUUUUGGUUCACAUUCGCUAACAACACUCAGGCCUGAUAUCUGUCAGACUUCUAUGAAUCACUUUAAAAUAACUUUUCUUAACAUGAAGUAGGCUAAAAGGUCUGAAAAAGCAACACAUCAUGCUCCUUUCUAAAGAAUUCAAAGAACAAAUGAGAAACAGUCAUCAGUAUAGAAAGGGUUAUAAAGCCACUUCUACAGCUUUGGGAGUCCAGAGAACGACAGUGAGAACCAUUAUUCACAAACAGAGAAAAUCAUGUAACAAUGCUGAACUUUUCCAGAAGAGGCCAGCCUACCAAAAUUACUCCAAAAGUGCCUGAACAACAUCUUGGAGGUUGCAAAUGAAUCCAGAUCAUUUAAAGCACUGCAAACCUCACUUGCAUCAGUAAAGGUUGACCAAUUGGACCACAAAAUUCUAUUUCGUAUUUAUCAAAAAACAUCCUGAUGAACCCCAAGACCUUUGUGAAAAUAUUCUGCAGGAUGUUUAGACAACAGUUAAACUUUCUGGAAGGUGUACAACACAAUUCCCACUCAUCUAAGCUACAAAGGGCAUCCAUAAGGCAAAAUGUAUGAGGUGAUUUAGUCUGCGAUGAGGAAAAACUCUGGAGAAGUGUUGUCUGAGAGCUGUAGCUUGGAGACCUAACAGACCAUUUCUCUAUACUGAGGUUUACAAGCUCUAAGUUGAGAGCACACUUUGUAUUUUUUUCUCGGCGCAUCUCUACGGUUCACCUUUUACUGUCAGAAAUCUCACCCACUUUUUACAUAGAGGGAUCUUUGAGAAAAUGUUCUCAGUCUAUUCUUUUUUUGUGUUGCCAAUAAGUGACCACACGUCCAUUUGACAUAUUCCCUUUAGCAAGAUCUUUUUCUGUUUACUGUAGGCAGUGAAAGUCUUCUGUUACAUAUGGUACAUUAUCAUCCAUAUAUUGUUAUACAUUUCUAGUUUAGAAAACAGUGUCUUCAAAUACUUCUUUUUUUUGUCCAAAAAUGCGUUUCAAUUUAUCUGCUUUGAAAAACAAUACAACACUAACGGGGAUUUAGUGUUUUAUACUUAAAAUUAUUUUAUGGUUUUCUGGCUCUAAAAUAUAUUUGCCCUUUAACAUCCUCAGUCUAAACCAGACCCUGUUAAUUUUACCAUAACUCUAACUAAUGUCAGAUGUAUUUCCUAAAUGAACUACAAAUCAGGCCCCACGACCCACAUUAAUAUUAAUGAGUUUUACCCGGCCCUCCAGUAAAGAAAAUCUAUCUGCUUCAAAGAAAAUGAAAACAUAGUUUUAACUUUUGCAUAAUUCUGCUCUAAUGAAAACAAAAUUACUCGUACUAUGUUUCAUUCCUGUGGACACGUUUCCUCAAUGCCAUAUCGUGGAAGGUCAAAAAUGAUACAAACAGGUUCCUGUGUUGUUCUCUUUGUCUCAAAAACAAAACAAAGAGAAGGUACGAAUUUAGUUCUCAAAAAUAUCUGGGGUAGCAUAUCUGUAAAAUGCCAGUUCUGAUUUCUUAGUUUGUUUUUGUAAUUACGAAAGGUGUCAAGAGUUGUUUGGAUAACAAAACGCCCAUAUUGUUUCAUAGCAUUGUAUUAGAAAUUGUUUUAGUACAUUGUUUUAAGCACCAGAAGAGAGUGGAGUGGGAACAUAUAGCUUUUUCCUAAACCAGGAAUGUUGAAUGGAAUGUUUUUACAAGGUUUCACUUCUUCUCAGAAGAAAUUAAAUUGUGCUGGACCGGUAUUGUAACGUGUGCCUUUAGACACGUUGUUUAAACAUGUUUCUGUUUUCAAGUUUUAAUUUUUGAUUAAAUCUGAAGCAUAUGCAUACAAAUAACAGCCACAUCUUUAUCCCGUUUAUUCUUAACCGUUGAACGAGGGUCAGCUACGGUGUCAUAAUUCAUCUGUUACCGACAGAAAUGUGAGAGGGACUUUUGGUUGCAUUGCUAUGCUGGAAUCAGGAAACGGAUGUUGUGAACAAAGGCUGUGAACAUGUUUGUAUCACUGUUGAUGUUGUAAAUAAAGAACCAGUUAUUUUUUUAUGAUCUUGUAAAUUUAAACACCCAUCAGUUGUAAAGGUGAUUGAAAGAUAAAAUGUACUAAACGAUUGUUUCUGGAAUAUUGGUCUUGUAAUUGGGCUGCGUUUUUUGAUACAGUGCCUUGCAAAAGUAUUUACACCCUUUAAACGUUUUGGGGUAUUUUUUUUGUGAUAGACCAAGACAGAGAAACACAUGAUCGUGACAUAGAAGGAAAAUAAUACGUUUUUGACAAAGACAGUUUGACCCCCUUUGCUGUUCCACCCUUGAGUGGAAUCGAAUGUAACCAAGUGCCAUAACAAGUUGCCCAAAUAGUAAAUUUGAGUUCAUCUGUGCGUGACUUAAACACGGUAUAAGUAGUUUUCUAAAGGCCUCGGAGACUAGUAAGAGAACAUGAGAGAACAAACAAUUGUGUUGUGGAGAAGCUUAAAGCAAACUCUAGUGUAAAACUCACAUUGCAAAUUAGCCUGAACACACCAUUCACACAGUGAUACAUGGUGGUGGCAGCAUCCUGCUGUGGGGAUGUUUUUUCUUAAGCAGGGACACAAGCUGGUCAGAGAUGAUGGGAAGAUAGAUGGAACUAAAUAGAGUACAAUGCUGGAACUCAACCUGUUAGUGGUUGCAAACGAGUUGAGAAUUGGGUGUAGGUUCACCCUCAAGCAGGACGGCAACCCUAAAUCUACACACAAAGCUACUAUUGAAGAGUUUAGAUUAUUGGAGCCCAACUCCAGUCCUCCAGAGCCAAUGUCCUGCAUGUUUCAAUUGUGUUACUGCUCCAGCAAAGUGGAAUUAAUGUGCGACUUUCCUCUGUCCCUCAUUGCAAAAAGACCUGGAAAAUGGGUGUAUUUGACCCAGCUCUGUUGAACCACAGGAGGAUCUAAAACAUCCAGGACACGGGCUCUUGAGAACUGGCUUUUCACACCGGUACUCUAGAUCAAAGCAUAUGUGUCAGGAUGGCCUAGUCAAAGUCCGUACCUAAAUUUAAUUGAGAGCCUGUAGUAAGAUAAUCAAUGUUCACAAAUGCUUGAAAUUAAUGUUGACUGGGUUUGAGCUAUUUGGCAAAGAACAGGCAAAAAAUAUUGGGUGGCAUAAGCCAAAGGACUUGCAGCUUUAUUGACUCCUGGGAGAGGGAAAUACAAAUGCAGAUCGCUUUUUUCCUUCUGUGUUUCACUGUCAUAGAACUACAUCCUGUCCAGGGUAUACCUUGCCUUUAGCCCAAUGAUCGCUUGAGAUAGAAAACCAGCUCUCCCACAACCCUGCAAGGAUAAGCGGGGUGGAGACAAUCGAUGGUUGGAUGUAGCAUGAGAACGUGGGAAAAAAAUUCUUAUCAGUACUUUUGCAAGACACUGUAAUUACCCCCCCAAAACAAAUCAGACCACCUUAGGGACCUCAGGUAAAAGUACAGGAGAAAUUAACCAUUAAAGCCACUUGAAUUGUUGCAUAGUGCUUACCUGGGACUCAGAGUACGUUUUAAUGACCUCUUUGAUAUCACACACAACCUAAUCGGCUGUCAUUCCGUUAAAGUGCACAAAGUAAAAAUAGAAAUGUAAUGUUUCAUUGUGCAGGCUGCAAAGUGAUGUUACCUGUUUGUAUGUUUUGCCUUUUUUUUGUUAAAAACAAAAAUCUGAAUACA